UUUGCAUGAGAAAGAUGAAGAUCCUCACAAAUUUUCGAGGGCAAAGUUUUUCUUCAUAGCACUAGUAUGUAGUUUCUUAUGGUAUAUCAGCCCUGGAUACUUAUUCACAACGCUUACAAGCAUAUCAUGGGAGAUGGUCAACAAUACAACAUAUCUGCUAUUGUUAAUGACAAAUUUCAGAUCGAUCUAGCGAAGUAUCGAAAACAAGGUCGAAUUCAUUUAAGUGUGUUUUUCUCUCUUACUUAUGGAUUUGGAUUCGCCACUAUAGCUUCCACCAUUGCACAUGUUGUUUGCUUCCAUGGAAGGGAGAUUAUGGAGCGGUAUCGGGCUUCUAAAGAAGGCAAAGAAGAUAUUCACACAAGAUUGAUGAAAAACUACAAAGACAUUCCUUCUUGGUGGUUUUAUUUGUUGUUAGGAGUGACACUUGUUGUUUCUUUACUGAUCUGCAUUUUUCUAAAUCAUGAGAUUCGGAUGCCUUGGUGGGGACUUCUCUUUGCUUCAGCAUUGGCUUUUAUGUUUACCCUCCCAAUUAGCAUCAUAACUGCUACCACAAACCAGACACCGGGGUUGAAUAUCAUCGCCGAGUAUAUAUUCGGUAUCAUUUACCCUGGAAGACCGAUUGCAAAUGUAUGCUUCAAAACGUAUGGUUACAUAAGCAUGGCACAGGCUGUUUCGUUCCUUAGCGAUUUCAAGCUUGGAGACUACAUGAAAAUUCCUCCAAGGUCUAUGUUCUUAGUGCAGUUCAUUGGGACAAUGCUUGCUGGAACUAUCAACAUUUGUGUAGCAUGGUGGUUGCUAGAAUCUGUCAAAAACAUAUGUCAUGUAGAUCUUCCCGAAGGCAGUCCAUGGACAUGUCCAAGUGACCGUGUUUUCUUCGAUGCAUCGGUUAUUUGGGGUUUAGUAGGACCUAAGAGGAUAUUUGGUACUCUUGGAGAGUACUCAGCAUUGAACUGGUUUUUCCUUGGAGGUGCCAUAGGACCGAUACUAGUUUGGCUAUUGCACAAGGCGUUUCCACAACAGUCAUGGAUUCCAUUGAUCAAUCUUCCAGUACUCUUGGGUGCAACCGGAAUGAUGCCGCCAGCAACAGCGUUGAACUACAAUGCAUGGAUUAUAGUCGGAACCAUUUUCAACUUCUUUAUCUUCCGUUACAGAAAGCAAUGGUGGCAGAGAUACAACUAUGUUUUAUCAGCAGCACUUGAUGCAGGAGUGGCAUUUAUGGCGGUGCUGCUUUACUUUGCACUAGGACUGGAAAAUGUGAGUCUGAAUUGGUGGGGAACUGCUGGUGAGCAUUGUCCUUUGGCAACUUGUCCAACUCAAAGGGUAUAG